AUGUCAGAUGGAAAAGUGAACUCCGGUCAAAAUAUGAACGGGAAACAGGGAGUUAAUGUGGUUUCAUCUUUGCCUACCACACAAGUGCCGGUUUCAAUUCUGACUAACAAGGAGAAGAACAAAAGUGUUCACGAUGAAUCGACUUUGGAAAGGUGCGACAAUCACGAUGACCAGUCAAGAUCCAGCUCCAUUAGGAGAAAUAUUUACAAGAAUGACUACAGUACAAAUCUGAGGGAUUUCUCUUUUGCUGAUUUGAAGCAGAACAAUGAGAGAACUAAAGAUGGCCAUGAUAUACAGAUUAAUACACGCAUGUCACUCGGUAAUAGUGGACAGCAAAAUACCUUUUCACCCUCUUUACCUUCAGCUGUUUCAUUUACAGUGCCAGAAGUGGAGAGGUUACCUCAUCAUAGAUAUUCGAUUUCUAACAAACCUGGGAAGCAACAGCAACAAGAACAACAGCAAAAGGAGCAACAGCAGGUGCAGCAUCAACAGGCAAAACAACAAGAGAAGGAGGUAGAACAAAUACAGGACCAAGUGCAAAAAAAGCAAAAUGAGAGACAACAACUGAUAGACAGUAGGGAAAGAAUAGCGAAUGUCAUAUUGCAAGAUAAUACUACCAACGGUGAUUCAAACAAUCGGGAGUGCCCUGAACCGAGUGAUACAGACAAAGGUGAGAAUGAAGCGGAUUCGCCCUCUAUGGAGAAGAAUUCUAUUGUUCAUAUGCCAGGUGAUUUUAUAUACUUCAAUCCUAAGUCCAACACUUCUAAACCUAUGGCCGCCAAGGUGGCCCCAUCAUCGGCGAAUUCCACCAUACAAAAGAAUAAGGAAGUCAUUGCACCACCCACGGGGCCACGCGUACCCUUUACAGAAUUUUUCCAGAAGGAAGAUGACAAGAAGUUCCAUAUUUUGAUUGGCGCCACGGGUUCAGUUGCCACAAUAAAAGUGCCUUUAAUCAUUGACAAAUUAUUCAAGAUAUACGGGCCGGAAAAAAUCUCUAUCCAACUGAUAGUAACCAAACCUGCAGAACAUUUCUUAAGAGGACUGAAAAUGUCAACGUACGUCAAAAUUUGGAGGGAGGAAGAUGCAUGGGUAUUUGACGCGGUAAACAAGAAUGACACCAGCUUGAGCUUGAAUUUGAUAUUGCACCAUGAAUUGAGAAAAUGGGCGGAUAUUUUCUUAAUUGCGCCCCUGUCAGCUAACACACUAGCCAAAUUGGCCAAUGGUAUAUGUAAUAACUUGUUAACUUCUGUGAUGAGAGAUUGGUCACCGCUGACCCCGGUUCUGAUUGCACCUGCAAUGAAUACUUUCAUGUACAUCAAUCCUAUGACAAAGAAGCAUUUAACGAGCUUAGUACAGGACUACCCAUUUAUUCAAGUUCUGAAACCUGUAGAGAAGGUGUUAAUUUGUGGAGACAUUGGUAUGGGUGGUAUGAGAGAAUGGACAGAUAUUGUAGAAAUCGUUAGAGGGAGAAUAAAUGAGAUAAGGAAGGCUAGAGACGAGGAAACCGGUGACAAAGAGCAAGAACAAGAAGAACAAGAGGGCAUUGGCAAUGAGGAUGAAGAUGAGGAUGAUGAAGAGGAUGAGGAUGCGGCUCGGAAUGAAACAGCAUCUGACGAAAGCAACGACGAGGACGAGGACGAGGACGAGGACGAAAAUGAGGGGGCAACUGAAGUUUGA